GAUCGUCUACCCAUAGAUACGGCCAAAGAGUGUCUGAAAGUAUCGCCGAAAGGGUUGAAAGCACUGGAAGUGACGGCAGAUGUGACCAAACGGGAAGACAUGCGACGACUCGUCGACCAGACUAUCAAACAUUUCGGUAAACUUGAUAUUCUGGUCAAUAACGCCGGCGCAGGACUUAAUGCCAAACCAACUGAUGAGGACUUUUACGAGAAAUACGAGAAAGUGAUGGCAAUUAAUCUCAAUUCUGUGGUCUAUUUAACGCAUAUUUGUGUCGAGUAUUUGGAGAAAACUAUAGGAAAUAUCGUUAAUAUUUCAAGUGUUGCCGGAAAGAGAGCCCCGAGUUGGGCCCUAAGCGCAUCAGGGUUAACCCCGGGACCGACACGAACCGGUUUUGUUACAGCAAUGGGCGCAACACAGGCCGAGUCCGAUAAAUUCUUUGAAACCUACGCUAAAGUAAUACCGGUUGGCCGCUACGGAUUGCCUAACGAUAUUGCUUAUAGUAUACUAUACUUGGCCAGUGACCAUGCUGCUUUUGUCACCGGCACCAACCUUGUUUGCGAUGGCGGGGCCGUUGCCGCCAAUGCAUUCAACUUCGAUAUUGUUAAGAAAUAA